GCCCGUCGUGCCCCCGCCCCGCUACCGGCCCCGCCGGCCGCUGCCCCCGCCCGCCCGGGCCGCUGGGACCUCCGGCCAGGCCUCCGUGCCCCGGCCGCUCCGGGAGGGGAACGUACCCAUGCUCUGGAAACUUUGAUAGCGGCUGUCACUCGCUGCCAGGCUUUAAGCUGACAAGUGAGUGACACUUGUAGUUUUCUCCAAGGGACUUUAGAUCAGUUACUUGUUGGACAAGUUACGCUUUUGAGCUUUUCCCAAUUUGAGUCAAUAGCAAGUUUAAUCCUGACUGGAGGAAACUUUUUGAGUUUGACAGAAAACAAGGAUCUGAGUUUCUUCUUUCCUUACAUUACUCAUAAAGACUUUAAAACGCUUCUGAGUUUAUAAACUUACAGCAAACUGUGAGUCCGGAUGGAUGCGUACGAUACCAUCAGAGCUGAGUGUACAACUUCAUGCAAGUCAGUGCCUUUAACUUUCUCUCCUUAACAGCAAGUGAGCUUUUGUGACUCUAGUUUUAAUCAGAGGAACGGUAAUAAAACCCCAAACGAACAACACUGAGAGGGCAUAGUGUUUCGGUAGGGAGAUGAGGCAGGUGAGGACGUUGUUUUAGAGAAUAUCUGAAGUGCUGGGGAGGAGAUGGGACACAUACACCACACAGAGUGUAUUUGUGCGUUUCAUCACACGUGGCUUCCUUGGGUAGCAUUUUUUCUACAUUUAAUUAAUUCUUGAUACUUUUGCGAUAGGCUGGGAUUCUGCUUUCUCCUUGAAAGACAGAGAUAAAACCCCCAAACAAAUGAGAGAAGUCUGGUGACAAAAAGGGCAGAUGUGCGUACAGUUUGAAGUCAUCUGAGCAUUUUUCUAGCAUUAGUUUUUCUUGGCAGAGUGAAGCUGGGUAUUGUGCCUAGGGUGUGUAACACUUUCCAAAUCUUUUUUCGAACCAGAGAGAAACAGCAUGACGAAAAUGUGACCCAAGUGUUUUGUUGCAGUCUGAUCUUAGCUGCUAUUUAAAAAAAAAAAAAAAAAAGUAUUGAAUUUGGAGAUGCCGGAGGAAGGCAGUGAAGAUCCAACCUGUGAAAUGUCAGCUGCCUGAGUAGGACCAGGGCAGAUUUGACAGAUGUGGAAAGUUUUCUUUCAGCCCUAACUUGGGGUGGUUUCUUCCAAGGACGAGAAGUUUCCUCUUCAGAUAGUUGUUUGUGCGCAGUUCCUUCUUGGCAGUUACCUGCUGCCUUGCUUCCACUCACUGUGUCCAGACACUGCUUAAAAAAGUGAAUCAGCUUGUCAACGGGACCUUUUUUACUCAGAUUAACCUCGUUUCCAUAAUAAUUUCAAAAUAGCGACUGCGGUGAAACAAAAAGCGAAAGUGUUGGUUAGAACAUUCAGAAUUAAAGCUUGGAUCAGUAAACUACAGUUGCUGUAAGAAAACGCCAAGUAACUUUUCCAGGCAGUAACCUAGAAAGGUACUCAUUAAUGAGUGAAGGAUCAAGAGGUGGGACGGUGGCCAAGAAGCGAUGGAGAAUAAAAGUUUAGAAGGUUCCCCAUCAGACCUAAAGUUAGUGGCUCACCCGAGAGCAAAGAGUAAAGUGUGGAAGUACUUUGGGUUUGAUACCAAUGCAGAAGGAUGCAUUUUACAGUGGAAGAAGAUCUACUGCCGUAUUUGCAUGGCACAGAUUGCCUAUUCAGGAAACACGUCCAACCUUUCCUACCACCUUGAGAAAAACCACCCUGACGAAUUCUGCGAAUUUGUGAAAAGCAACACUGAGCAAAUGAGGGAAGCCUUUGCCACCGCAUUUUCAAAAAUCAAGCCGGAGUCGUCGCAGCAGGUCGUUCAGGAUAGCCUCAUCAUGAAGACCUACCAGAACUAUGAAAACAAAAAGCAUCAGGAGCUGACAUCUGCUGUCAUCAGCUUAAUUUGCGAGGGCAUGUAUCCGGCCUCUAUUGUUGAUGAACCCACCUUCAAGGCCCUCUUGAGAACAGCGGACCCCAGGUAUGAACUUCCGAGCCGGAAAUACUUUUGUACAAAAGCUAUUCCUGAAAAGUACAAUGCCAUUAGAGAAAUUGUGCUGAAAGAGCUCACCGAGGUUCUGUGGUGUGGCAUAUCCACAGACAUGUGGAGGAGCGAAAACCAGAACAGGUCAUACGUCACCGUGGCGGUUCACUUUCUCAGCAGCAGCCCUGCCAACUGUCUGGCGGUGAACUCGCGGUGCUUAAAAACAUUUGAAGUACCGGAGGAUAAUACGGCAGAGACCAUUACGCGAGUCCUUUAUGAGACGUUCAUUGAGUGGGGGAUCAAUACAAAAGUCUUUGGUGCUACGACAGAUUACAGUAAAGACAUUGUUAAAGCUUGCUCGCUCUUAGAUAUUCCCGUGCAGAUGCCUUGUUUGGGGCACACUUUUAAUGCAGGAAUACAACAAGCUUUUCAGCUCCCCAAACUCUGCAGCCUUCUUGCCAGGUGCCGUAAACUAGUGGAGUAUUUUCAGCAGUCUACGGUUGCGAUGUACAUGCUGAGCGAGAAGCAGAAGCAGCAGAACAUUCUCCACUGCAUGCUGGUAAGUGACCGCGUGUCCUGGUGGGGCAGCACGCUCGCCAUGCUGCAGCGCCUCAAGGAGCAGCAGUUCGUCAUCGCGGCUGUUCUCGUGGAGGACAGCAACAACCACCACCUCAUGCUGGAAGCCAGUGAGUGGAAUACAAUCGAAGGGCUGGUGGAGCUGCUGCAGCCUUUCAAGCAGGUUGCGGAGAUGAUGUCUGCUUCAAAGUACCCGACAAUAAGUAUGGUGAAGCCGCUUCUCCACAUGCUUCUGAAUACUACCCUGAACAUCAAAGAGAACGAUUUGAAAGAAAUCAGCAUGGCAAAGGAGGUGAUUGCUAAAGAGUUGUCAACCACCUACCAGCACACGCCUGAGAUAGACAUGUUUCUCAACGUUGCUACUUUCUUGGAUCCCCGCUACAAAAAACUGCCUUUUCUUUCAGCCUUUGAGCGGCAGCAGGUUGAAAACAGAGUGGUGGAAGAAGCAAAAAGCCUGCUGGAAAAAGUGAAAGAAAAUACCUUUAGGACUGAAGAGAAAUUCUUUGCUGUUUCAGAAGAGCCCCCUGUGAAAAAAAUCAUCAUCUCCUCUACUCCUCCCCCUACCAGUGUCAUCAACAACAUGCUUGCAGAGAUCUUUUGCCAGACGGGAGGCGUGGAAGACCAGGAGGAAUGGCAUGCUCAGAUUGUUGAGGAGUUGAGCAAUUUCAAAUCACAAAAGGUCCUCGGUUUGAACGAAGACCCGCUGAAGUGGUGGUCGGACAGACUAGCGCUGUUUCCAGUUUUACCAAAGGUUCUUCAAAAAUACUGGUGUAUUUUGGCCACAAGGGUCUUUCCUGAACGCCUUUUCGGUUCUUCUGCUAAUGUUGUAAGUGCAAAGAGAAACCGGUUAGCCCCGGCUCAUGUGGACGAGCAGAUCUUUUUGUACGAAAACAGUCGGAAUGGGUCCGAGGCAGAACCGGAGGAUGAGGACGAAGGGGAGUGGGGUUUGGAACAGGAACAGAUUUUUAAUUUAAAUGACUCAGUAAAUGUAAACAACAAUUUCUUUAAUAUCCGAGACAGUGGGUUUGUUUAACAGGACUACUGCGGUACAUUUAAUAACAAACAAACGAAAAAAAGUGUUUGUCUUAAGUUACCAAAAAUACUUCUGGUUUAUGCUAUGAAUGCUGUAAAUAUUGAACAGUUGUAACAAACUUGAUUUAGCUUCCAUUGUCUAUGUUUUUCCCACUGUCUUAAAUCAUGAAUGACUUGUGAUUAAACAGCACUGAAAUGAAUGAGGAAAUAAAUUCUACAAAGACCGUCAUUUCUGACUGUGGCCCAGACUUCAGAAAGCACUUAUCCAUGAGUUUCCUUUCCACUUGCUUCACUGGGAAGCAAACACAUGCUUAUGUGCUUUCUAUCAUAAAAUUUUUUUCCUAAUUUAGGACCCUGAGCAAGGAUGUUUUUAAGAUUUAUGCCUCCAUUUGUAAAUCAUCUGUGACUCAGGAUGUUAGCUUUAAAUUUUGGAUUUUAAAGCAUUAUUUUUAAAAUCCAUAAAUCUGAGCAGUGAAUAUUUCUAGAGUAUAUUGAUACUAUGGAAUGCAAAAAGAUCUUGAGCCUGAUUUUUCUUUUUCACUACCUCAUGUCUUAGCCCUGGUCUAUGGUAGAAAAGCUCAGCUGGUAUAAAUCUGUCAAUUAGGGGACUGAUCUAUUGUUAUUUUAACUGAUACUGUGCUGGCAUAGGCUGUAGUAUGGAUGCACUUAUACUGGGAUAAGUUAUUUUUUCUUUCUAGUGUGGUAUAAAUGGUAUAAACACUUCUAAACUGGUAUUGCUGUGUCCACGUUAGUCCGGUUUUACCAUUUAACUGCAGCAGCUAAAUGGCAAAACCUUUUCUUUUUUUUUUUUCAUUUUUAUUUUAUGUGUGUGUCUAGGCAAGCCCUGAUUGUGGUCUCUUGUGCUUUUACAAGGUGCUGAGGAAGCGCUUGGGGUCAGGGCGGCAUUGGGUCUCCUUGACUUUGUGCCGAUGUCGGAGCCGAUGCUGCGCGGUGUGAAGCUGGCGAAGCAUUGGGCCCCUCGGCGGCAGAGGGAGGGAGGGAAAGAGAGGGUGGGGAGAUGUGUACGGUCUAACAGUCUGUCUGUGUUAUAAAAUCCUUAACCUCUUAAUUUAAAUGGGGACUUUGCCCAGGGGUAGCUAGAAAAUUUUGUUGGCACGAAAAGCAAAAUAAAAAGCUUUAGUAUUAUGUAAAUAUAUUUAAAAGAAGGGGACCCCUUCAUUUCCCCACAUGUAUUUAGUGAGUCUUUAAGAUUGUUUCUUAUUACGUUAGCACUUAAAAUAUCUUUUUUUUUUUUUUUUUUUUUUCUCCUGUCUCUUUCUGAUUGAGUUUGUAGCGUGGACUUUAGUCUGGUCCGGUCUGAUGUUUGAGUACUGUUUCUGAUUAGUUGUUGUGUAUCGUAAUUGCUCCCUUUGUGUAUCUACGCCUCAGUGUUGUAAGCCCUUUUGAGAACUUGGAAAACAAGAAACAAAGAAAGAAAACCAACCCAAAUCCCCCCAUCUCUUAGGAAAUACUGCAGGUCAUAAACAAGAUUAGAGUUCACGCUUGGCACAGAGUGGGAUGGCAGCCAGGAUUUUUCCCUGAGGUGCGGAGAAGGACUCUUGGCAAUGUCCAGUUAUAGUCAAGGUUUGCUUGGGGUUUUAUUUUUGUUACUGGUGUCUUGCCCUCUACCCCGGCUUUAGUCCGUGACUGUAUCUAGCACAACCUUUCUGGAGAGAGGUCUGUUGGAAACUGGCUGUUACUGUUCUGGAGGAAGAAAGUUGUGUCUUUUUAUCAUGGUGGUACCCUCGGUUGUAGAAAGGGCCCAGAGCCAGGAGUAAUAUACAAAAAUACAAAUUGUGAUGGAAUUUAUUGGAUUGAAUUUAUUGGCAGAUGACUGCUUGUUUAUAUUUUGGUUUAAUAGUUUUUGCAAGUUUGAGUCCUCUCUGUUCUUUGUAGGUGGCGGGAUAGGGAGGGUGGAUGGGGAGGAAGGACAGAGGUUAAAGGAGCAGUGGAGUAAUUAGUAGUGAACUACCUGGCACAUUUAAGGUUGGGAAAAAUGCACUUAACAGGUGGCGUGGCUAAUGUUUGGUUGUCAGCAAGCCUGGGUUUUCACCCUCCAGUCCCCUGAAAAUUAAUUUGCACUUUUACAAAGUACACACACAGUGCAUCCCAUUGAAUGUUGCUUCUCUCCGUGUCCACUUUAGAGGUGUGUGUGAUUGCUUGAGGUGCAAAACACAGGCUUGGGCUAAACUUCCACAGGUGUGUAGGCUGUGAGGGCAGCAAAGGAAAAUUAAGGAAGGGAGUGAGAUACAGCAGGUCCCUUUUUGAUGUUACCUGAGCUCCUGUGACACCCCAUCAGGAAGAUCUCUUCCUUUUUAAGUCCAUCAAGUGCCAGUUUGCACCACCUUGGCCUGCUCCCACCAGCGCCAGCCCUCAAGGAGCUGCACACAUGCUGGCGUAAGGCACGUGGAUCCUCUCCUACAGGAGUCUGAUUCAAAGCCGUGCCCUCUCAGCCAAGACAGAGCCCAGAGCCCUGCUCCUUGUUCAGCCCACCCCUCCUGGCAGCGUCCACCUCCUGUUUCCAUCUCCAUCUCCAUCCUUCUAGGGCGAAACAUUCACAGCGACGCUUACAAGCAGUUUUACUGAAAUCAGUGCAAUGCACUACUCUCUUCCUUCCAGCUUCUUUUUAUUUUUUUGGUAUCCAAAAUAAAACUGUAGUCGGUUCAAUUGAUGUGUCUCAGCGUUCUUUUAAAAAAAGGAGAAGAAAAACAAAAAAACAACACAAAGCCAUUGUUAGUCCUACCCAUUGUGUGUGAGAUUUUUAUUUAAUGUUCUAAGCCUGGAAUAUUGUUAAAUAAACCAGAAAAAUAAGUUAGUUACUAGAUUAUUUGUCUGAUGUCUGUUCGUAUCUGCAGCACUUUAUGACUUGGAACUCUUCUACAACUGUGGGAGGUUAUAUUCUAAGGUUUCGAAGCUAUGCAUUUAUUUUCCUUUUGAUCCUGUAAGUUAUUUUUAAAAAAAAAUGCUGUACAAAUCUUUUGGAUUAAAAAAAAUUAUGAAGAUGAAAAAUGUCAGAAGUUUAUAGACAGUUUCUCUCACUUAAAUACGUGUGGUGUUUUUCAUUUGACGACAUAAUUUACUGUUUAGUUGGGUGGAGAACCAAAGUUGCAGAGCUGUUUUAAAUAUUGCUACAACGUGAGGUAAACCGUGGUGUUACUGCCAAGGGUGGGCCCAGAACACAAUUCCAAAUUACACUCUGAAGUCAGAUUUAUGUUCAUGUUUCUUGACAGCUGAUUUGAGUCCACAGCCUAAUGUUUUCUUCCUCGUACAGCUGAGACAUCUUUUUGGAGGGGCGGCACAGGAACUCCAGCUUUUGAACAUUUUUGAGUUUUUAAACAUGCUUUCAAAGUGCAUACUUGAUGUCAGAAGAAGAAGAAUUGCCCUUUGCCACCAGCUAAGUAUUUCCAAACCAGGAUUAACAUUCAGCGGGCUAGACAAGGUUUCUUAGAGUUAACAACAUAACGAAAGGGAGUUUUAAAUGACUGACCAACCUUUGCACAUAUUUCGCCUCCCUUUGCCGUCAGGGAUUGCUGUGAAGACAAAAGGAAAAUCCCAAACCAAGCUGAAGUUGAAAAGGUGAAUUUUUCCAGCAAACCAUGUCCGAGGUGCUUUGGUUUAAAUGAAGAGAAUAAAGUUCUGGAUUAUUUGCGGAAAAGGCAUUUAGAGUUUCUGUCGCGGCAGUGUAUUAGAUUAAUUUGUAGGGUUUCCCUUAAUGUCAUUGUGGUCCAAUUAGCCUUACAGGAGCGUUUCUAUGCAGUCAAGAGUAUUAAAAGCAGAAGAAACACUAUUUGGUUAUCUGUAAUAUUUUACAGAACUUCUUAAAACUUAAAAAGUCAUAUGUAGUUUACAGUUUUGUCCUUUCCAUGUGAUAGCUUAAAAAGAAGGGGCUGCCUGCAGACAUAAUUUCUGAAGGAGGGUAAAGGAAAUUUUAUGCAUGAAAUAUUGCAUUUUAGUCUCUGCACACCAUGCUCUUUUGGGUGGUCUCCAUUUCUGAGUGUCCUGUUCUGAGGAUGAUGUCCUUCUGAAGGUCUGGUGAUCCUGGUUCGGUGGUGCAGUGCCAUCUACUCUGGGCUGUCUUUUUGGCUCUGCUGAGAAAACUCUCUGACUUUGGCUCCUGGUCUCUUAGGUUUUGUGUUUGUGUGGUGGGUGCUGUUUUGCUUUGUGUGGUUUUUUUUUCUUCCCCUAGACAAACACUGUAUGGUCUAUCUCACCAUAUUUCCUCCAAAUUACUAGUCUCCUGCUAAAUUCAAGAUGUGUUUCAUUUUUAGAGGAUGUAGGGAAAUUACAGAAAUUGGUUUUGCUGUUUAAAUAACAUUAUUUGGUGGUGUAGAGAGAACGCAAAGAUACAGCGUAAUUUUACGUAUGCCUUAAAAGCACAUCGGUAAAGCAUGUCUAAUGACUUGACAUUUGAACCAGAAUUUCAAAACAUCCCUACAGUUGCUCUAUAAUGCUGUUAUUUUUACAUACAAAAACAUUUCCUUUAGGUUGAACAAUAAAAAUCAAUUAAAUAGAUUUUUACAGCUUCUACAGUCAUUUUCAGUGCUCCUGCAGGUGGGUUGAAAUGCCACAAGGGAAUUGAGUUUACUAUGAAAAAAAACCCCAAAACACUGUCUUUCAGCUUACCUUGUGUUUUAAGAGACUCUUUUAGUGAUCAAGUUUGAUUUAUGUCUUUUUAAAAAUGCAAGGGCUUGUGCAGAAACUGUUUUCAAAUGAGAGUCCCUCAGACUCUGAAAUGUUAAUAUUAUGAUUUUUAAGCAUUUAUACUGACAUUUCCACACAGGGUAGUAUUGAUUUCCCUUGCUGACAGAAGAAAAGGUCAGUGUUCACAGAAGUGAUGCUGCCAUCUGCAAUACUUUGAAGUGGUGAUCAGAUGGUUCUUUUUUUUUUUUUCGGAGAUGUUGGAAAGACUAUUACCUGCUGCACGUGUGUGCUGUUUUCCAUCUGUUACAGUUAUUUCCAGUGGCUUUAAUUUGCAAAAUCCUACUUUUAUCUGUCUUGCCAUCCUCUGUCCUGUCUCCUCUCCUUGUCCCUGCCUGGGCAGAGCAGAGCGCCGGAUGGGAGCAGCGGGGAGGAGAAGUCCCGCUCCCCGGUGUGAUUUUCUUUUCUUAGAGAGAGGUUGUUCAUUGAGAGCAGGUUAACUCUGUUGAAAAUGACUUUAAACGAGGUCCUUUUUCCAGCCCACUGGGGCUACAGCGCCUGUGCUGUGCUGCGAAAAGGCAGAGCCAGCAAUUCCUCCCCCCGCAGUGAUGUGCACUUGAACGCGUUGCUCAGUUGCACCAAAUCUGACGGCGUAAACUGAACCCGACUCCACGCAGCCAGGGAAACAUGGUCGCGGUCAAAGGCACAAUAAGCAAUAGUACAAUAGUCCUCAUUGCACGUUGUGGUAGAAACAGGAUGCGUGCUGCUCUGGUUGUUUGGAUUUUUAAGGUGUAAAUGUCUUAAAAUGAUACUAGUUUGUGCUCUAGGCUGGAGUUGUGCUUGGGAAAUUUUGUGAUUAUUCAAAUACUUCUUUAUUUAAAGCUGACAUAGAAGAGUGUUCCGUGGCAUUCAAAUAAAGAUUUUACAUGGAGGCUAAAGCUAUAGUUCCUAUUUGAUAGAUAUUUUGGGCAUAACAUUUAUAAUGGUUUUACUGUUCCAAAUACUGUGGCCAGAGGAACGUGUACAUUCAGCUCUCAGAAGCAGUAGGGCAGUCUUGGUUUUCAGUAUGCCAGAGACAGGAGGGAAUACUUUCAUUUGAAAUAAAUUAAGUAAGAAAGUUGUCUUUAUUUUAAGUGCUUUCAGGUAGAAGACUAAUCAAAAUUCAUCUGUAAAUGAUUGUGAUAGUAUAAUAAUUUAUCUAGAUGCAUCUGCAGAGAAUUAAUUCCUUCGGUUUACUUAGUACACUGAAAGCAUGACUGUAUUUGUCCAUACCUGUAUGUGCAUGAUAUCAUGUUCAACAGUGAUUCCCCAAAAAAUGCAGGAAAGGUUAUUUUUAAAAAGGCAAUUUAUUCGAUUACAUACAAUUUUGUGAAUGUCAUUGUCCCCAGAUACUUGCAGUCAGGAAUGAGAAAUUCAUCUUUUGUCUCUCUGACAGAUGCCACCUCACUUUUAAAGUUUAGACAUUUUGUGUCUGUAUCACCCUUUCUUUAUAGACAACUGCAAUUGAAAGUGUUUCAUUCUCUUGUUUUUCUUUAUUAAUGUGCUUUUUUUUUCUCAUGAGUCAGCAGUGAGGUUUACAGUGGCAGGAAUUUAGAGUCAUAACAAGGAAGAUGUCAAGUCAGCAUCAGGAAAGCUUGUGCCAGAAACAUCCCAUCCCAUGUUAUGAACGCUGUGCUCCAGGGGAAACCUCCAUCUUCUCAAAUGUGGUUUUCUGAUGUGUGUGUGAGAGAGAGAAAAAUAAAGUGCUUUUCCAAACAA